AUGUUUGUCAAGCAGCUCUCCCUCCUCGCUCUUGCGAGCCAGGCGUUCGCACAGAACACUCCCUCCCUCGUACAGGCCCUGAACUCCUCGACCGACUUGACCACAUUGAGCACUGUGCUCGGAUUGGUUCCUGAGCUCGUCACGGCUCUCGGUAGCGCACAGAACAUCACCAUUCUGGCACCUUCAAAUGCUGCGUUUGCCAAGGUCGACAACGCAACUUUGUCCGCUCUCCAGUCCAACACCGGACUUCUUUCUGCUCUCCUUCAGUACCACGUAUUGAACGCCACUGUACCAUCCUCCGCCAUCACCAACACCAGCGCUUUCGUGCCUACUCUCUUGACUAACUCUGCCUUCACCAAUGUUACUGGGGGUCAGGUCGUCAGUGCGAAGACCGCCAAUGGCGGAGUUUCCAUCUUCAGCGGACUCGCCAUGAACUCUUCCGUCACCACCGCUGACGUUGCUUUCACCGGCGGUGUUAUCCACAUCAUCGACACUGUUCUCACAAUCCCCGAGACUGCUUCCAACACUGCCAUCGCUGCUGGUCUCUCCUCCCUCGCUGGAGCUCUUACCGCCGCCAACCUUGUUGAGACUGUCGACACCACCAAGGAUGUCACCAUUUUCGCUCCUAGCAACGCUGCUUUCCAGGCCAUCGGCUCUGGUCUUGGUAACCUCACCACCGAGCAGGUCACCAGUGUCCUUACCUACCACGUCGUUGCCGGCGCUGUCGGCUACAGCAGCGGUCUGACCAACGGCACUUCCCUCAAGACUGUCAAUGGCGCGAACUUGACCAUCACCGUUGUCGACGGAAAGGUCUUUGUCAACGGUGCUCGUGUCAUCACCCCUGACGUUCUCGUCGCCAACGGUGUCGUCCACGUUAUCGACAACGUCCUAAACCCCGCCAACGCUUCCAUCGCUGACCCCUCCGCUUCUGCCGGCUCCCCUGCCUUCAGCGGUGCGUCAUCCGUCUCCGACGCCCCCUUCACGUCCGGUGUCCCCACUGCGAGCAAGACCCUCGGUGGCGGUGCCACACCCACUGGAUCUGCUGCUUCCAGCUCCGCCCCUGCCGCUUCAACUGGCUCUGCUACCCAGAACGGCGCUGUCGGCGUCGGUGCUCUUCUUGGUGCCGCUGCUGUUUACUUCUUGUAA